CCCCCAUCACCCAGGUCAAACUCAAAUGUUCGUCGUCUUUGUCUCAGUGGUGGAGCUCUUCACAGAGACGCCAACACAUUGAGCCAUGGAGAAGUUUGUGCUUGUAUUAGUCUGCCUCCUAGAUGUUUUGGUGUGUUUUGGAACCGGUCAGCACCGUUUACGCGCAGGUGUCGGACCGUGGAGACACCGAAUUCAGUGGGAGAAUAACGGUCAGGUGUACAGUUUAAUGAGCACAGGGACUCAAUAUCGCUCCCCUGCGCAGACCAGAAGACGUACUCAGCUCAUGUUGACAACUAAAAACAGUUUGAACCGACUUCACCCUCCUGUUGCGCUCAGUAGAUCCACCAGUACCAGACAUGGAGACCUCGAGGAGGCAGCCGGGGGUCACUCUCAACAAAACGACCUCAGUCAAAUGGAUGGGUCGGUUCUUGGUGUUGAUGCGGGUCAGUAUUUACUCGCCUCGGGAAUACCCGGGACGCACAGUCAGUCCCCUCCGCGCCUCGCAACCCCCGGAGAGGCUGUUGCUGCGGGAUACCUUUCACAACAGGCAGCGUCAAACGGCGGCGCCGCGGCUUUCACCACCAUCCAGGAGUUCUCCGGCAGUGGAGUCCCGCGAGGAGGCCGGAGUGCACCUGGAGCUGGCUCACAACAGGCCACUGCGUCACCGGUAGGAUCACCGGACUUUACGCACAGCCAAGGCGGAAGGAUAAACUCGGAAUCAACUGCCCGGCCACCUGCCAUAGCUGGAUGGGACACCAUGGGAGAGAAUAGUGGGAACGCACGUCGCAUACCGCAGCAAACCAGUUUAGGAGACGCUCGCAGUGCGCAAAGAGCGCACUCACUGACCAGAAACACUGCAGAAUCAAACGUUUCUCCCACAGCGCCGUCCAGUAACGCCGUAGAAAUACACUUUCCUCGUACAAGGCCGGAAACAACAAGGACUACGGACGUGGAUGACCCACGGGAUCCGCACAGUAUUCAUCACAGAAACUCAGUUUUCUAUAAUGUUUACCCACCAGACCAUAGAAACAGGAUCACUGUGCACCCUCCACCAGGACCGGGCUAUGGCACCAGGUUCUUCCACAAUGGUCUCCCAGACUUGGUUCCUGACCCUUACUACAUCCAAGCUGCCUCUUACAUCCAGAGAGUGCAGAUGUACGCACUUCGCUGUGCUGCUGAAGAAAACUGUCUUUCCAGGUCUGCUAAUCACCCGAAUGUGAGGGACCUCGACUACAGAGUCCUGCUGCGGUUCCCACAGCGAGUGAAGAACCAAGGAACAGCUGACUUCCUCCCAGUGAAGCCCAGACAUGAGUGGGAAUGGCAUAGCUGUCACCAGCAUUACCACAGUAUGGAGGCCUUUAGUACCUAUGACUUGCUGGAUUUCUUUACUGGACAGAAGGUCGCAGAGGGACACAAGGCCAGUUUCUGUCUGGAGGACACAUCCUGUGACCCGGGUGUACGACGACGCUUCGCCUGCACUGCUCACACACAGGGACUCGGCCCUGGUUGCUACGAUACGUAUCACGCCAAUAUCGACUGUCAAUGGAUCGACAUCACUGAUGUACCGCCUGGAAACUACAUCCUCAAGGUGACAGUGAACCCCUUGCAGAUGGUUCAGGAGUCAGAUUUUUCAAACAAUGAGGUGCGCUGCGACAUCAGGUACACAGGAAGCUACGUCCAGGCGAGAAACUGCAGGAUCACUGUAAGCUGACCUGACUGAAGACAAACAUUUUCCCACAGAAACCUAUACUUAAUGCCUUCUUGUUGCUCUUAAUGUGCAGCUGAUACUCUUAAUGUGCAACUAAUACUACUUUAAAAUGUUUUCUAGUUUGUUCAUAUUUAUGUCAUAUGAUAUAUAUUGUAGCUACAACCAGGCUGG